CAAAGGUGAGUGGAGCUGGGCCUGCAAAGCUGGAUGCACACCAUGAGGCUGCUGAUCUUCCUGGGCCUGCUGUGGAGUGUGGUGGCCUCACCUUUGAGCUCAAAGUGGCCUGAGCCUGUAUUUGGGCGCCUGGCGUCCCCUGGUUUCCCAGGGCAGUAUGGCAACAAUCAGCAUCGGUCUUGGACACUGACUGCACCCCCUGGCUACCGCCUGCGCCUCUACUUCACCCACUUCAACCUGGAGCUCUCUUACCGCUGCGAGUAUGACUUUGUCAAGUUGAGCUCAGGGACCAAGGUACUAGCCACAUUGUGUGGGCAGGAGAGCACAGAUACCGAGCAGGCACCUGGCAACGACACCUUCUACUCACUGGGUCCCAACCUGGAGGUCACCUUCCGCUCCGACUACUCCAAUGAGAAGCCCUUCACAGGGUUUGAGGCCUUCUACGCAGCGGAGGAUGUGGAUGAAUGCCAAGUGAGCCUGGGAGACUCAGCCCCUUGUGACCAUUUUUGCCACAACUACCUGGGUGGCUACUACUGCUCCUGCCGAGUGGGCUACGUUCUCCACCAGAACAAACGCACCUGCUCAGCCCAGUGUUCAGGACAGGUGUUCACUGAGAGGUCCGGGGAGCUCAGUAGCCCCGAGUUCCCACGGCCGUACCCCAAACUCUCCAGCUGCACCUACAGCAUCCACCUGGAGGAAGGCUUCAGUGUCAUCCUGGACUUUGUGCAGUCCUUUGAUGUGGAGACGCACUCUGAAGCCCAGUGCCCCUACGACUCCCUCAAGAUUCAAACAGACAAGGGGGAAUACGGUCCAUUUUGUGGGAAGACGCUGCCCGGUAGGAUCGAAACACACAGUAACAGCGUGACCGUCACCUUUGCCACUGAUGAGUCAGGGGACCACACAGGCUGGAAGAUCUGCUACACGAGCACAGCACAGCCUUGCCCUGAUCCAAUGGCGCCACCUAAUGGACACAUUUUACCAGUGCAAGCCAAGUACAUCCUGAAGGACAGCUUUUCUGUCUUCUGUAAGACUGGCUUCGAACUUCUGCAAGGCUCUGUCCCCCUGGAAUCGUUCACCGCCGUCUGUCAGAAAGAUGGAUCUUGGGACCAGCAGAUACCACAGUGCAUCAUUAUCGACUGUGGCCCUCCGGAUGACCUACCCAACGGCCACACGGAAUAUGUCACAGGCCCUGAAGUGACUACCUACAAAGCUGUGAUUCAGUACAGCUGUGAAGAGACUUUCUACACAAUGCAUGGUGAUGGUAAAUACGUGUGUGAGGCUGAUGGAUUCUGGACGAGCUCCAAGGGAGAAAAAUCCCUCCCAGUUUGUGAGCCUGUCUGUGGGCUGUCCACAUACACUCUAAGAGGCCGUAUAGUCGGAGGGCAGCCUGCAAAGCUUGGCGACUUUCCUUGGCAAGUCUUGUUACUGGGUGAAACUACAGCAGCAGGUGUACUUGUACGUGACAACUGGAUCCUAACAGCUGCUCAUGUUGUGUAUGGGAAAACUGAGGCACAGUCCUCCCUGGACAUUCGCAUGGGCAUCCUUAAAAGACUCUCACCUCAUUACACUCAAGCCUGGCCUGAGGCUGUUUUCAUACACGAAGGUUACAUUCAUGGUGCCGGUUUUGACAAUGAUAUAGCGCUGAUUAAACUCAAGAACAAAGUCACAAUCAAUAGAAACAUCAUGCCUGCUUGUCUGCCAAGAAAAGCUGCCGCAUCCUUAAUGAAGCCAGGUGACACUGGAACUGUGGCUGGCUGGGGGCUAACCCAGAGGGGGUUUUCUGCUAGAAACCUAAUGUUUGUAGACAUACCAAUUGUUGACCAUCAAAAAUGUACUGCUGCAUAUGAAAAGCAGCCCCACCCAGGAGCAAGAGUAACUGCUAACAUGCUUUGUGCUGGCUUAGAUGCUGGUGGCAAGGACAGCUGCAGGGGUGAUAGUGGAGGGGCACUAGUGUUUCUAGAUAAUGAAACACAGCAAUGGUUUGUGGGAGGAAUAGUUUCCUGGGGCUCCAUUAAUUGUGGGGAGCCAGACCAAUAUGGGGUCUACACAAAAGUCAUAAACUACAUUCCCUGGAUCGAGAACAUAAUGAGUAACUUCUAACCUGCAUCCUCCAAUCAGCAAAUUUUUCCUUAUUUUUACAUGUACCCGGGAAACUUAGUUAUAACAGAACCUGAGAAGCACGGACAGUCCACCCCAAAACCAAAGUAGAUUAAACUGAUACUUAAGAUCACUCUAAUGUCAGCUUUGCUGAUAUGUGUUCAGUCAAUACAGUGGCUCUUAUCUUUGCGAACCCUCAGACCUACGAUAUUAAUUUGUAUCUGAUUCCUUACAAUCUAUUUCAUUCUGGCUGUUCCUGGUCAACAAAGAGUUUUGUGGUUGACCCCCCCCCCCGCCCCCAACACACACAGGGUUUUCUCUGUAUAGCCUUAGCUGUCCUCGCUUGGUAGACCAGGCUGGCCUUGAACUCACACCUGCCUGCCUGGCACUAAGCAUGGAACGUGCUCUUACAGAGCGCAGCAAUAUUAGUUCCAGAAUUACUGAUAAACUCCUCUUUUGGGAGGUAAACUGAAAGCAGGCAUAUUAUUUUCCUACUAAAACCCAGCAACUUAAAAAUGAGUCCAUUCCAAAUACUGGGAUUACAGGCAUGGUCUACCACAUUUAUCAAAUUGUCAGAUAAAAAGCGACUUUAAAAGAGCAAUUAAUUCAUCAAUCUACUUCAAAAGCCUUAUUUUAAACAUCUUAUUUUACAAACAUGAGACCAUGUUUUGGGCUGGUCUUAAGCUUGUGAUGUAGCAGACACCCAUCUUUUGUUUCUAUAAACCAAGUAGUUAGAAAUUAUAGGCUGGUGCUGGCAAUCGACUCAGGGCUUUGAACAUGCUAAGCCAACUAUGCUGCACCCUGACCUCAAAAAUCACCAUCUGCUUCAGCCCUCUAAGUGCCUAUGAAGGGUGUGCCAGCCUAUUUGCCCAUUCUUCAGGGAGCACAAACCACUUCGGAGAGACCACAAGUGACAAUGGAAAGCAACUGCACACAGUAGGCUCAUUCUAUCAUGUAACAAAACCAACAGUGAUUCACCGUGAAAUAAACUGCUUUUCUCCUGCUAA